UCUUUUUCACCUCCAUUGCUGGUGGCUGAGGUUAGAUAAGACCCCCAAUCCAUAACCCACCAACAUUCACAUGGCUCUGGCUUUAAACACUUUAAUCCCACACACUAGAGCUUUAAGCUUAAGCACUUCCUUGCUUUCAUCUCCUCAUAAAAAGCCUUCCACCCUUCAAUUUCCACACCCUCAAACUCGUCGCUCUGCUUCUCAUCUUGUCCAGAACGCUGCCUCUUCCUCAACCAAGACCACUCUAUCUGACAAUGAACCCCAACUCAAUGAAGAUCGUGGCGGCAGCCUCAAUCUGACUUCCACUUCUACCUCUGCGUGGUCCGAAUUUGCCAGAAAUGUGUCGGGUGAAUGGGAUGGUUAUGGAGCAGACUUCACAACCGAAGGCAACCCGAUUGAACUCCCAGAAAUGGUUGUGCCUGAUGCUUACAGGGAGUGGGAGGUUAAGGUUUUCGAUUGGCAGACUCAAUGUCCCACUCUUGCUGACCCCGAGGACCAAGUCCUUGCGUACAGGACGAUAGAGCUACUUCCCACGGUUGGAUGUGAGGCCGAUGCUGCUACGCGGUACAACAUCCUUGAGAGGAGUGUGGGUGGAGCGGACAAUGAAGUUUCUGCCUUUGCGUAUCAGUCUAGUGGGUGUUAUGUGUCUGUUAUGCCGGUGGAGGAUAAGAGUUCGAAUAAGUUGUUGGAAUUGGAGUACUGCUUGAUCAAUCCUCAAGAUAAGGAGUCUCGUGUGAGGAUAAUUCAGAUCAUCCGCAUAGACAGUACAAAAUUGAUAUUGCAAAAUCUUAGAGUUCUCUGUGAACAAUGGUAUGGUCCAUUCAGAAAUGGGGAGCAAUUAGGUGGAUGUGCCAUCCGGGAUUCUGCUUUUGCUUCCACACCUGCAUUGGAAGCUUCAAAAGUUGUUGGUACUUGGCGGGGCUCCAGUGCUGUUGCCGAGUUUACUGGUUCUCAAGAUAACUUUAUUCAAGAAGUUUUGGGUGAGAGUGAGCAGACCUCAGUUAGACAUGAAACUGGUCUCAUAUUGCUUCCGAAGCAAUUGUGGUGUUCAGUAAAAGAAGGUAGAGUUGGCGACACUUACAGCGAGGUGGGAUGGUUAUUAGAUCAAGGACGUGCCAUCACUGCAAGAUGCACAUUCUCAAGCACAGCAACUCUGAAGGAAAUAUCAGUAGCCUGUGAAACUGUAGCUUGAAGACUAGAUGGCCUUCCAUGACAUUUUGGAUCAGCUUCAUUAUGGGACAAUAAUAGUGAUGAUGCAAGUCAACUUCAAACACAUAGGAUUCACAAGCAAUAUAUCCAAGUUUUUUUUCUCUCUCUUCAGAUGAUGUAAUACAAUAAGCUGAGCAUCACAUGGCUUAUUGUCUCAUAGCAACAGGCCUCUGCUGCCAUUUUGAUUCAGAUUCAUAGUAUACAGCACAUGCUCUGGAUACUACACUGUUUCCAGAGUUC